AUGACUGCUGAGGCCAGACUGGUUCACCAACAUGUCCCCGGCCACCCAUCAUUAUCGCCACUGCCAUCCCCAGCUGCUAGCCCAGCCAUCAUGCCGGACGCCGCUGGAGGACGACGCGACGGCGAGACGAAGAAGAGGUCCGAUUCGGCCUCGGCAAUCAAUCCCAAUGCCCACUACAAUGGCUUCGUCAAACGUUAUCGCACAGAGCUAGCUGCCAGCUCCUCCAGCGUCUUUUCCACCCUCGCCGCCUUCCCCCUCGACAGCGUCAAGACGCGCAUGCAGACCUACCAAUACCACGGCUUUCUCGAUUGUGUUCGCCAUACUUAUCGCACCGAGAAGCUAGGCGGCUUCUUCCGAGGUGUAAUGGCCCCAAUGGCCAGCAUUACCCUCGUCCGAACCGUCUCCUUCUCCAUAUACCAACGCGCCAAAUACUCCUACUCGGAUUGGGUGAAACGAAACAUGGGCUUCGACAUCAUCGGACACGUUAAUCGCACUGGCACCUAUCCCAACCUAUAUUCCGUCGCCUGCUUUGGCGCAGCUGGUGCCACCGCCGGCUCCGCAAUUACCUUCCUCGCCUGCCCCUUCGAGCUCACCAAACUCAGCGCCCAGGUCUCAGUGCUCCUGGCCGAGCGUGGCACCGGUAACAAGGGCAGUCAUGCUGUAGCCGCCAGCUACCAAAAUAAGGGCACUCUAAGGACCAUGGCCAACAUCAUCAAGCACCGGGGCGUUCUCGGCCUGUACACAGGAUUUAAUCUCCACUUAUUACGCGACACCCUAGGAACGGCCAUUUACUUCAUGGUGUACGAGAGCGGCAAGCAAAUUGGCAACACAUUCGCCGGCGAUCACCCCAACAGCAAUAAGCUGGCCGUUGUUGCCGCUGGAGGCAUGUGCGGAUUGGUAUCAUGGGCCAUGAUUUACCCCAUCGACUCCGCAAAGAGCAUCUACCAGCGCAACUCGCUCCUAUACUCCAAGGGGCAAACCGUCGAACCAGCGCCUAAGAUCGAGUUCUUUAAACGCCACAUGUACCGCGGACUGGGUGUCUCCAUGAGCAGAUCUUGUGUCGUUAAUGCCAUCUUCUUUUCGUCUUUUGAGUUUAUUAAGAAGCACAUCAAUACCCUCGACGAGGAGGGAAAAAUAUGA